AUGUCUGGCACCAAUAUCAGCACACUUCCCCGCAUGUCGCGAGAAUCCCUGGCUUCUCUUAUCAAAGACAAGAAUCCCUCCAUGGCCGUCAUCGAUGUUCGCGAUAGUGAUUAUAUCGGCGGCCACAUUGUCGGGUGCCAGAAUAUCCCUACCAACACCCACGACUACAAGAUCCCGGAGUUGGUGCGCACAUUGAAAGAUAAAGAGACUGUGGUGUUUCAUUGCGCGUUGAGUCAACAGAGAGGUCCUUCAGCGGCAUUGAGGUAUAUCAGGGAGAAAGAAAGGAUGGAAACGAGUAAUGGCGAAGCGGAAAAGGCCCAGCAACAAAAGGUUUAUGUGCUUGAGGGUGGAUUUGUCAAGUGGCAGGAAGUCUACGGAGAAGACAAGCAACUGACGGAAGAUUAUCAAAAGGAUAUUUGGGAGUUUGGAUACUGA